AUGGAAAAAAUGAAGAUUCUACACUAUACCCAGCAAGGCCCAUGGUGUGCAGUAGGGGAUUUCAACAAUGUAAUCACCGUCCAAGACAAAAUUUGGAGUAAGUUAGUGACUGAAAAUGAAUACAGGGACAUCCAAAGCAUGAUGCAAAAUGUUGGAUUACAUGAUAUGGAUAGCAAUGGGGAUACUUAUACUUGGUUCAAUCAGCAGAUGAUGAAUCUUAUUUACUCUCAUAUUGAUAGGGUGCUGGCAAAUGUAGAUUGGCUCCAAGCAAAUAAUGAUUUAACCAUCAACAUUAUGCCUCCUAAUGUGUCUGAUCAUGCAAUGCUAUACCUUGCAGGACCUGGUUUGAAUAGGAAUAAAAGCCAUCAUUUCAAGUUUAAUAACAAUUGGGUGGAUGUUAAAGGUUACAAUGAAGUGGUGGAAAGGAGUUGGAAACAACCCUUAAGAGGGAAACCUAUGGCUCAAAAUGAACUUAUGAGUAAUAGGAUGAAUGAGGAAAGCAUUAAGAAGGUGAAAAGCUGA